GAUAUCAAUGGCCGUCAGCUUCAUACAAAAUGAUCCGGAGAAUGGUACCCUAGAUAAAUUUUACGGAUAUAUGGCUUAAUCAUUGUGCAAACAUGAUGCAGUGGCACAAAGCUGACAGAAGCCGCAGAUACGGAGUCGCGGUCUAUAACUUCUCUCUGGACCGGCCACCUUGUCUGAAGCUGAGCGUGGGAGAAUCUGUACACAUCUUAGAAGAAACUGAAGGAUGGUACUGGGGUUACACUACGAGGAACAAGAACCAGCGAGGGGUCUUCCCAAAAACUUAUGUACAUAUAAAAGAAGCAGCAGUGUUAACUACUGGCUCUCUAGAAACUAUUGCUCCCAAGGAGCUGCCAUUGUCCCAGGAGAUCAACUGUGUACUACGAGAAUGGCACGGCAUGUGGAAACAGUACUUCGUGGAAAGAAAAUCCGAUUUUGCGGAAAUCAUGGGCAUGAUGCAAGAACUGAUCCACUGGCGGCGAAAAAUUAUGUCCAGGAAGUUGACAGCGGAGGAGCUACGAGACUUACAACAGAAGAUAUCAUCUAAAAUAGAUAUAGGAAAUGACAUGCUUGGCCUUGACCUUGUUGUUCGAGCCGAGCAGGGCAAUGUCCUUGACCCUGAGUCAACAAGUGCUAUUAACCUCUUCAAACAGCAUGAACUCGCAGCAGAUCGAAUCAAAGCAGAAAAGGCGAAUGCUGGGCACGAGGACGGCAUCAGUCUCACAUGGCCUCACACUUUUAACCUUUUUGUGAAACUAAGAAAUUUUGUUUGUCGGAUCGGCGAAGAUGCUGAUAUCCUGAUGAGCCUUUACGAUGCCAAAUUUGGAAAAUUUAUAAGUGAAAAUUAUGUAGUGAAGUGGGCCAAAGGAGGAGGCGUGCCAAAGAAUUUAGAAAUGCUGAACAAUUAUAAAGUGGUCUUUACGGACUUAGGUGCUAAAGACCGGCAACGAGAAAAAGUGUUUCUAGUUUUUCAAAUUGUAAGAAUAGGGGUCAUGGAUACUAAAGAUGUAGACGACAAGAAACAGACAAAAGGAUUGAAGCGGCCUUUUGGAGUGGCAGUCCUCGACAUAACAGAUAUCAUGAAUGGCAAACAAGAGUGUUCAGAGGAAGCGCAACAUUUUAUACCAUUUCAGCAAUGUGGAGAGAAGGAGGCCAUGGAGAGUUUGAUUCGGAAAGUUGUCAUUGCUAAAGAGAUCAACCACAAGGGUCAAGGAGUGUGGGUCUCCAUGAAGAUCCUUUCAGGCGAUCCCAAACAGGUACGAGAAGACUUCCCUCACCUUGUCGGUCAGAAUACACCUGUGUCCCGUAAGAUGGGUUUCCCAGAGGUCAUCAUGCCAGGUGAUGUCCGAAAUGACAUCUACAUAACAAUCAAACAGGGCGAGUUUACACGUGGACCAACGAAAACGGCCGACAAAAACGUGGAGGUCACCAUGGUCGUCUGUAAUAAAAACCUGGAAAAAUUAAAGGGUGUCAUAAGCCAUGGGUGUGGAGGAGAGCCGAUGACAGAGUACCGAUCCAUGGUCUACUACCACGAAGACAAACCCAAGUGGUACGAGACCAUCAAGGUGGCUAUAUCUACAGAAGAGGAAUUCAGAGGAUUACAUCUCAAGUUUUUAUUUAAACACAGAUCAACAAGUGAAAGCAAAGACCGAUCAGAGCGACCGUUUGCCAUGUCUUUUGUGAAACUGAUGAAUAAAAACAGCACAACAUUAGCAGACAUUGAUCAUAACCUGUUAGUGUAUAAGAUCGAGAGAAAGCAUGAUGAUAGUGACCCAUAUCUUGACAUGCCGUCCACACGAGAUGAUUUGGAUCCACAGGACAUCCAGAAGGGUAGCAAGAUAGCACUAUUCUCAGGACCCUUCACUCUCAACCAAAAGGAUAGCUUCAUGAUCAACACGUUUGUCUGUUCCACCAAGCUCACACAUAAUGUUGACCUCCUUGGGCUGUUAAAAUGGCAGGAGAUGCUGAACGACACCACUGUACUGAGGACGCACCUCGACAAACUUAUGCACGUAGACGGAGAGGAGAUAGUCAAGUUUCUACAAGAUCUUCUGGACUCUUUGUUCAACAUUCUGAUCGAGACCAACAUUUCUGAGAUGUAUGACAACUUAGUGUUUGAAGCUUUGGUACACAUUAUCGGCCUGAUAUCAGACAGGAAGUAUCACCAGUUCCGGCCGGUCCUGGACGCCUAUGUGACCACUUCCUUCAGCUUUGCUAUGGCCUACGAGAAACUGAUGUUGAUCCUACGAGACUAUGUUGACCGAGCCAUGGAGGUGAACCAGAAGGUGUUGAUACGAGCCAUGAAGUCACUGGAAUAUCUCUUCAAGUUCAUCGUGCAAUCUAGGAAUCACUUCUCCCUGUUGAAUGAGGGACGAGGUAAACAGCUGUUUGAGCUACAGAUGAAGCAGCUAAUACAGGCAAUCAAUGGUAUGAUGUUAUAUACGAGUGACAACACCCUGCUGGCCCAGGGUUCAGCUCUUAAAUACAUGUGUUCUGCCCUUCCUGACAUCAUCCAUGUGUUUGAUCCUGUGGAACUCAGUGGGUUGAUGGUAGAAUUCAUCAACAACGUGCCGAAAGAACGCCUGACCAAACAGAAGUUGAAGUGUAUAGAUUAUCUUGUACAUAGUGUGUUAUUCAAAUCACCAGGUUGUCGUGCUAUCUUGCUGCCAAUGAUCCUGCACCACACCGGCUCGUUACUGGAGAAUCAGGAAGAGCUUGAGGAUUGUGUAGAUGUACUCAGUGAUCUUAUGGACCAGAUGCAUGACAAUUCUACAGGUUCCCAUGCCAGUGAUAUUGAUUUGAUCAUGAAGAUGAACCUGAGGAUCGUGAUCCGCUCGGCUGUGUGUAUGGACAAGAAAUCUAAAGAAGCAAGAAGAACCGAGAGUCGGUGUGUAGCCGUACUGUUGUCCAUACUGAGAAAGAUGACGGAGUCACACUACAAUCAUUACAUCAGUGAGUUUUCCUUCCUCACGGACCUACAGGACUUCCUGAUGGAGAUUCUCACGCUGUUCCAGGUUCUCAUCAAGGAGAACGUGUUCGCAGGUGACUGGCUGGCAAUGAUCAUGCUACAGAAUAGUAUCAUUAUCCGAGCCCUGAGGUUCUUCGCCCAGACCAUCUGGGAAAAGUUCACUUCAUGUUUUGAGGAACAGUUGUGGAGCUGUUUCUUCCAUUGUGCAAUAGCCUUCCUCACACAGCGCCCUCUACAGCUAGAGCAGUUCUCUGUGUCCAAGCGUAACAAACUUGUGUCAAGAUACAGUGACAUGCGACGUGAAAUGGGAUUUGAAAUACGACAGAUGUGGUCACGGCUUGGUGUAAACAAGAAAUAUUUCAUCCCUACACUUGUGGAGCCUAUCCUUGAGAUGACGUUGGUGCCUGAACUAGAGUUGCGAAAGGCCACCAUUCCGAUUUUCUUUGACAUGAUGCAGUGUGAGUUCACACAAGUUGAUCCUGUCACAAGGAAGAUCAAAGGCAACUUUGAUCAGACGGAAAAUGAGCUCAUCAUGAAACUAGAUGCCCUGGUGGAGGGAGGUUAUGGUGACGAGGAGUACAUGGAUCUCAUUUACGAUAUAUUACAUCGAAUGUGCAAUGGUAACGAUCUGAUGCGGUCACAAGGUCUGGCGUUCGUGGAGAUGAUUAAGCGACUACUGCAGCGCCUCCUGGAGUACCGCAAGAUCAUUCAGUACGAGAGUAAGGAAGCACGAAUGAACUGUAUCGUAAACUUACUCAAUUUCUACCAUGAGAUCGAUCGUCAGGAGAUGUACAUCCGCUACCUGUACAAACUGUGUGACCUUCACCUUGAGUGUGACAACUACACAGAGGCAGCCAACACACUCAAACUACACGUUGAUCUUCUACAGUGGUCGGAUGACAAUCUGCCUCUGAUGCUCCAGAGUAACUGGUACCCGAACGCCCACACUCACCGGGGUCUCAAGGAACUGCUCUACUACGAUAUCAUUUCCUACUUCGACAAAGGAAAGAUGUGGGAGAAGGGUAUCCUGUUGUGUAAGGAGCUCGUCCACCUGUACGAGAGUGAGCUGUUUGACUACGAGAGACUCAGCGUGAUACUGCGAAGACAGGCAGACUUAUACAGCUGCAUCAUCAAGGAGUUACGGGCAGACCCCGAGUACUUUAGGGUGGGCUACUUUGGACGAGGAUUCCCUGCAUUUGUACAGAACGAAGUAUUUAUCUACCGCGGUAAAGAGUACGAAAGACUGUCGGACUUCAAUGCCAGGAUGUUGAGCAUGUUUCCAAAUGCUGAGUUACUGAAGUCGCUGUCCCCGCCGUCAGACGAUAUCAUGGAGUCAAGCAAACAGUUUUUACAGGUCAAUGCAGUUACUCCUGUUUUGGAGUUGAAGGACAGAUUUGUGAACAAGCCAGUCAGUGAACGGAUCCUCAAGUAUUACAAUGUGAAUGAAGUCAAUAAGUUCAUGUAUUCACGGCGAAUGGAUGAGAGUAAUAGUGACAUCACAAAAAUGUGGCUGGAGCGAACAACGAUGGACUCGUCUCAUUCACUGCCAGGAAUAUUAUGUUGGUUUCCUGUCGUCAAAACAACCACGUAUCAGGUCAGUCCUCUAGAGAAUGCCAUAGAGACACUGGACUCCACCAACAAAAAAAUCAACCUCCUCAUCGAGCAGCAUACAACAGACCCCAGCCAGAACACCACCAGUUUGGGCAUGUUACUCAACGGUGUAGUGGACGCCUCUGUCAACGGAGGAAUCACCAACUAUAAGAUCUUCUACUCGGAUGACUACGGUGAAUCAGAAAAGGACAUGAACCUGGUCAUCAAGCUCAAAGAGUUAACUCGAAAUCAGAUGAUCCUACUCAGAGAGGCCUUGAACAUCCACAAGAAAAAAGUGUCCGAUGACUUGAAGCCUUUCCACCAUCACAUGGAGCAGAGGUUUGAGGAGAUGUGCAACCUCAUCAAGCAGGAGUAUAGCCUUAAGCCCCCAGACAGUGCCUACAUGAGUACAUUGAAGAGGUAUAAAUCCAUGUCUGCUGUCAGUCUUAGCCGAGUCAGCGAGGCCUUCCUCACGAUGCCCUCAGACAGACAAACAGUAUACUACAGAAGAUCCAACUUUCCUUCGACCAAGGCGACCCAGGCAGCAGCACGUUCUCCAUCAGUUUGGGUGAAGGGUGACCGGUCGGCCAACUCUCCGUCGCCAAGUAAAGGCUUACAAAAAGUCAGCAACUUGGGUAUAUUUAAGCGAACGUCUGUAGCUGCGUCCUCAGAUCACAGUAGUGAGGGCAGUAACAGCAAUAGGAACUCGCUUGAAGCGGCUGCCAUUAUUGAAUUGAAUGAGCAGAUCACACCAAAGCGGCCGCCACGCCCAGAAAACACGGAGAGGAGACAGAGCCGUACAUACUCAAAUCAGUUCAAGACUGAGUCCUUCACUACACUGAACAUCAGUACCACCAGUUUGGCCUCAAAUAAUACAGACACCAACAGCAGCAGUGACCAGGAGCUGGCUGACAUGACAGUGGAGCCGCCAAUGUUACCGGAGAAACAAAACACAUGUUCGGAUUACUCCAACCUCACUAACGACAUUCCAGAAUUUCCUGUGUCUCGGAACUCCACCCCAGUUGUAUCUGGACAUCGGAAAUCCAAGAAUGAUACCAAUAACUUCUAUGAGAGUCCUCUGCCCUCUCUACCUAAGGACGAAGACGUCGUACCCCCGCCUGUGCCCAAAAAACACACCACGCCAAAGAUUAACAACAACCUCUCUGUCGACUGAUGCUUAUCUCCCUUUGAAUGAACUCUUCUCACAUUCUGUAUGAAUUCUUCAUUCUACUUGCUGUGUGCUCGGCAUGUUCAGUGAAGAAAAAUGAGAAUCUGCUGUUUUCCAGAAAGAAUUUCUCGGACUCUGCAUGAAGACUAGCUGUUCUCAAAAUCUGUGAUAGUCGAAGCUAUACUUCAAAAAGGAGUUUGAUCUUUUUAUGUCGUGCUUGGUCCUUCCAAGGCAAAUUCAUUUUCUAUUAUGAUUUGAUUGACCAAUUUUAACUAUAUAGUCAUAACUGCAUCAACUAUUAAGCAUAAUAUGUCAACAUUAAUGAAACAAUUUCAUGUCCUGUAUGGUAGAUUCUUUGAACUGCCAUUAUAGGCUUGAAGUUGUGUAUGUUUUAAUUUUUAGCCUACCAUCAUCACAUGGCGGGCUAUUAAAAUCCCCUUAUGUUCGUUGUUCCUCCAUAAACAAUUCUUGUAAUCACUAUUGCUCGAGAUGUACUUGAAGAAUAUUUCUUAAACUUACUCUGUGGUUCCCCAUGGGCCCUUGUUUUGCCCAUUCAAUUUUGAGUCUGAUUAGGUAAACCCAUGGUGUACAGAAAAAUAAAACCAUCUUCUAUUUUGAGAAAAGUUUCUCGAAAGUGCUGGAAUGAUAUUUUUCAAAACUUCAUCAAAUUAUGAGUCUGAUCAGGACUGAGAGGCAGCCAUCUUGUAUUCAGACAGUAAAAGUUUAUAAUUGCUAUUUCUUUAGAAGAACUGGAGGGAUAUGUCUCUAUAUUCAUAUGUAGAUUUCCUCUGGUUUCUAGUUGUGCUCAUUCAAUCUUGAGUCUGAUUUAGAAAAAAAAAUUGCUGAUAGGCAAUUGUGUUGAAUUUUGACAGUUGAAAUUUGUUAAUAAUGUAUCUCAGAAAACUCUUAGAUCCUUCUCAGACUUCAUAUGUAAGAUCCUCAUGUUAAUAAUUGAUUAAGAGGAAGAGGGAAAAGUAGAGAAAAGAUCAGUCUUUUACAGGACCAACAAAGAUCAUUCAAUGUUGGGCAACAUUAUUAGAUAUGUCAAUCUCCAGUGUGGAUAUGUCAAUCUUUAGUGUGGAUAUGUCAAUCUUUAGUGUGGAUAUGUCAAUAUUCAUUGUGGAUAUGUCAAUCUUUAGUGUGGAUAUGUCAAUCAUUAAUGUGGAUAUGUCAAUCUUCAUUGUGGAUAUGUCAAUCUUCAUUGUGGACAUGUCAAUCUUCAGUGUUGAUAUGUCAAUCUUCAUUGUGGAUAUGUCAAUCUUCAUUGUGGAUAUAUCAAUCUUCAGUGUAGAUAUGUCAAACUUCAUUGUGGAUAUGUCAAUCAUUAAUGUGGAUAUGUCAAUCUUCAUUGUUUAUAUGUCAAUCUUCAUUGUGGAUAUGUCAAUCUUCAGUGUAGAUAUGUCAAACUUCAUUGUGGAUAUGUCAAUCUUCAUUGUGGAUAUGUCAAUCUUCAGUGUAGAUAUGUCAAUCUUCAGUGUAGAUAUGUCAAUCUUCAUUGUUGAUAUGUCAAUCUUCAUUGUGGAUAUGUCAAUCUUCAGUGUAGAUAUGUCAAACUUCAUUGUGGAUAUGUCAAUCUUCAUUGUGGAUAUGUCAAUCUUUAGUGUUGAUAUGUCAAUCUUCAGUGUAGAUAUGUCAAUCUUAAUUGUUGAUUUAUCAAUCUUCAGUGAUUCAUUCUGUUAAAAUGUUUAGUAUAUUUUUAGAAAAUUCCUUCUUUUGAAUAUUUGACACUUGAUGUCAAUAACAACAAAAUCAAGUGCCAACUUCUGAUUUUCAAUAUUCGUACGGAGUCGAUCAAGGAAACUUAUUAACUUGGUUUUCAGUCAUAGUUUUCACUUCCAGAUUAUCAUGUACAAAUGAUUAUUGAGAUGUUUCCAUGAGAUUGUAAACUUGAAGUGUUAUUGUAUUGUGUAAUAUUUUAUUGUGUGAUAGAUACUGGUAUGUGUUACAUUCCCGUGUACGACGAGCCUAUAUUGAUGUUGAUUUGCGUAAAUGUAUAUAUGUAACAAUGUUCAAGUCCCAUGAUAUACAAAUAUGUAAUAUUGUUUUUAACGGAAACAUAUAAUGUUACUUAUAAUGUACUAAACUCUUUCAAGUUAGACUACAAAUUAUUUGUUUCGUCAUGUGUAACCUACAAGAGAAAAUAAUUGUAAAGAAAAUAAGUGCUUAAUUUAACUAAAACCUUUAUAUAAAGACCACUCAAGCGAUACCAAAAAUGGUGUUGAUAGAUAGGUUAUAUUGAGGCAGUCAUUGCACACAGGUGGUCGUUAUAUAUAGGUGCUCGUUAUAUACAGGUGGUCCUUAAAGCAGGUUUGACUGUAUUUAACCUACCUGGUCUAUAAUUGUCUUUUGUCUCUCAGCUGGGCUAGAAAAUCAAUAUUUUACACCUGGCCUAUCACUAAAGUAGUGUGGUAUUAAAAAACUUGUUUGCCGUUAUUUCCUUAUUAGUUAGCAACUACUUUAAAGACUUUUUGUGAUACUGGUGUGUUUUGUGUCACUAGAGCCUAAAAUGAAGAAUUGUUAAUGAAAACAAUGUAAUAUCUUGUGCCACUCUAAAGUUUACAAUGGAGGCUUUGAGCUGUCAUAGACAAGGGUAAUAUCAUAUCAUGGCAGUAAAACGCUUCAUUCUUAGUGUGUAAGGGGCCGCAGUGGCCGAGUGGUUAAGGUGUCCGGACACUUUAUCACUCUGGUUUGCGAGUUCGAAACCUACAUGGGGCAGUUGCCAGGUACUGACCAUAGGCCGGUGGUUUUUCUCUGGGUACUUCGGCUUUCCUCCCCCUCCAAACCUGGCACGUCCUUAAAUGACCCUGGCUGUUAAUAGGACGUUAAAACAAAUAAACCAAACCUAUUAUCUUGUAUGAAUGCUUUAUAUUCUUGCCAAUGUGGUUUUAGAUAAAUUUCUGAAAGCGAACUACAACAUUGAAUUCACUAAUGGAGGCCCCUCGACUAAUAUGUACAGUAGUGGUAUACAUAUAUAUCGUACAUUUCAGUAACAGUUUUAAUUUUGUUGUGUAUCUAAUUCGUCAUUAUUUAUUGUAUACAAUUUAUUACCAUUGUAUGAUUUAGCUGUAAGAAUAGUUUUGCAGGUGUGCAUUAAAUUUUUUUUCAUUCUUUGGUCAUGUUUGGAAUUCACCAAGCUUGAGCAUAAUACAUAUUUCAGUUCUUAUUGCAAAUUAUACUGUGUGCAGUCUACAAAGAAAAGAACUACCCAAGGGAAAAAAUCCUUGUAUGUCAACUGAUAAUAGAUUCCUUGUACGUUAACUAACGAUGAAUUCCUUGUACGUUAACUGGCGUUGAAUUCCUUGUACGUUAACUAGUAAUGAAUUCCUUGUACGUUAACUGACGCUUAAUUCCUUGUACGUUAACUGGCGUUGAAUUCCUUGUACGUUAACUGACGCUGAAUUCCUUGUAUGUUAACUAGUAAUGAAUUCCUUGUUCGUUAACUCAUAAUAAAUUCCUUGUACGUUAACUGACGCUUAAUUCCUUGUACAUGUAUAAUAGACGGCUAGUUCCUUGUAUGUUAACUGACCAUGAUUUCCUUGUUCGUUUACUGACGAUGAAUUUCUUGUACGUUAACUUACGAUUUAAUUGACCAUGAUUUCCUUGUUCUUUGACUGAUAAUAAAUUACUUGUUUGUUAAUAGACGAUGAAUUCCUUGUACAUUAACUAGUAAUGAAUUCCUUGUAUGUUAACUGACGAUGAAUUUCUUGUACGUUAACUGACGAUUAAUUCCUUGUACGUUAACUAGUAACGAAUUCCUUGUACGUUAACUGACGAUAAAUAUCUUGUUCGUUAACUGACGAUGAAUUCCUUUUAUGUUAACUGACGAUACAUAUCUUGUACGUUAACCAGUAAUGAAUUCCUUAUACGUUAACUGACGAAUGAAUUCCUUGUAUGUUCACUGACAUGAAAUUCCUUGUACGUUAACUGACGUUGAAUUUACUUGUGUGUUAACUAAUGAUGAAAAAAAGAAAACUGUUCUAAACAUUUAAUGCAAAUAUAGUAUAGUGUCCGUUUUUACAAUGAACUAUGGAAUUCUUGAAGCAGACUGAUAAUGUUUAAGCUCCCCGUUAUCAAUAAGUCUAGGUGUAAUGCCAUUAUGAAAAGAUUCCAUUGAUAUUGUUACUACUGGAAAUAGAUUAGUUAUUGUACAGCUAGCCUGUGGGCCAUCUCCAAGAAAUACAUUGGUUGAGAAUUCUAGGUGCAUCAUGGGUAGGUUUCUGUGUGAUACUGAUAGUGUGGACAAGAUUAUUUGCUAUAGUGCUUUACUCUGGGACUCAAAAGAAAUAUAUCGCUAGGUAAUUUUUGGUGCAUGGGUAGAUGUCUGUGUGAAGUUGUCAUAGCGUUGUUCUGCGAAAGAAAUAUAUUGGUCAUCAAUUCUAGGUGCAUCAUGGGUAGAUUUCUAUGUGUAAUUAUCAUUGUGUUGUUCCUCGACUCUAAGAAAUACAUUAGUCAAUAAUUCUAGGUGCAUCAUGGGUAGAUUUUAGAGCGAUUCAUCCUAUAGUGCUGUUCACAUUGAGUUUUGUGUAGAAGUAAUAUAUUUGAUAAAGAAACUGUUUGGAAGAAUGUUUCAAAUUCUCUAGUCAAACUGAAGAAUGCAUUAUGAUAUACAUGUUCCAGAUAUUGUGUUAAUAUUGAUAGAUAACAGAAUUACAAGUGUUCCCCUUAGUGUUUCACAGAUUAUGUAAAUACCAACGGAUGAGGUAACAUAGGUUUAGGUUUUAGAUAUUGUAUACAUUGUACUUACAAAAUUGUCCUCACUUUGUGUGACUAGCAUUUCCAUGUGGCCUUCAACACUCCAAUGCAUCAUUUUCUGGCUUGCCAUGUUUUUUUGUUUUUUGUUUUGUUUUUUGUACUGAUCGUCUUUGUAUUUAACUCUAUGUAAAGUACUGCCAGUACAAUAUAUAUAAUAAUUUUUACUACAUUUUAUAUGUAGGAUUGUAGCUCUGUACUAAAGUUCAAUGGUACAAGCCCCUUCCCAGCCCCUUCGUCGCCCUUCCAGACCCUUACCGGUUCCUUCCUGGCAUCUUCCCAACUCCUUCCUAGCCCUUACCGUCCUUUUCCUAGCUCUUCAUGGCCCCUUAACCCCUUCCUGGCCUCUUCUUAGUACUUCAUCGCCCCUUCCCAGCCCUAAACGACCUUUUCCUCGCCCCUUCUCAGUCCUUACCGGCCCUUAAUCUUAGUUACUGUAUACCAUUAUACUAUGUUUAUACCUACAGAUCUGAAGUCUUUCUGAAACUAGUCUGAAUUCCUAAUUUAUGUGUGUAUAUCUGUCGAUAAAUGCCAAACUGAUAUCAAAAUAGCAAUAUCAAUAAAAAGUGCAUGAAACAUCAGAAUAAUUUGGACUCCACUGUAACCAUUACCAGUAACCACCUAAUUCAAGUUUCCAUGCGACUCUCCCUCAUGAUUAAAUGCUGUUCAAAGUGUUUCCGUGUAAGUUCAAAUGACCAUGCUAUACAUUUUCAAACCUAACUUAGUCUGUUUAUCAUCUGUAGUGGUUUUAGAGCUUCCAGUUGUUCUUUCAUUAAAACUGUGCCAAUAUGUCUAUAUUCACCAGGUAUGUACAUAUACGUAUUAUGUACAGGCUCAUGUUUCAGCAAGGAAAAAGGGAUAUAUCAUAUAUCCUUAUGUAGUUAAUGGUUUAAAAAAAAAUGAAAAAAAAAAAAUUGAAAAAGUAUUAUUCUUGAUAAAGGACCACAUAGAAUUUUAAUGACAAAUAAAGUUCUUGUAUUGAAAUUGUAUAUUGUGAUAUCUUAAGCAGAAAUAUAUUAUUUCUGUUUCCUUCCUAUUUUGUACAUUACGACGUUAAAGUCUGUUACUACGUAAUGUAAUAAUUCUACAGGACAGGUGCUUGUUUUAUCGUUAGCUCUCUACAUGUAAUUUCUCUGACAUUGCCCCUCAUUUUAUACAUCAUUUUAUGAUUAUUGUAUCUGUUGAAGCAAUCUUAAUGAAUCUGCUAUAAGUACAAUAUAUCUGCUUGAAGAUAUUUAUGUCAUAUUGUUUGUAUAUGAUUUGUCGAUCAGUCAGCUAAUCAAUAUUACUAUCAUGCAGAUUUUGCCUGGUGGCAUUUUUUAUUUUUGUAUAUAUAUGGAACUGCCAGCUGUACCGUUUAAUGGGGAGAGCUUGGCAGCGUGUAUUACACAAGUAAACAACUAAUAACA